UUAGUGGAUGAAGACAUGACUAGGAACCAGCUGAUCUCCCUUCGUUGCAAUUUCGCGUCACUAGCUUAGUCCUGCGAUCGUCUAUGUGAAAGAACGACCGUCGUUCUUGCAUUUAAGAAUAGGUGUCAUCCGUUUUAUCAACCAUUGGCCGCAAAUAUUUCGAAAAGUAAAUAAAGUGUAGAGCGUGUGUUUUAGAACAAGAUGUCAGGGAAAGAAAGGAUCGAUGUAUUCCCCUCCAGAAUGGUUCAGACCAUCAUGAAGGCACGUCUGAAAGGGGCACAGACUGGUCGCAACCUCCUUAAGAAGAAAGCUGACGCUUUGUCCAUGCGCUUCCGUCAGAUCCUUCGCAAGAUUAUUGAGACAAAAACUCUGAUGGGAGAAGUGAUGAGGGAGGCUGCCUUUUCUUUGGCUGAGGCAAAGUUUGCUGCUGGAGAUUUUAGCACCACUGUCAUCCAGAAUGUAAACAAGGCCCAGGUGAAGGUCAGAGCCAAGAAAGACAACGUGGCCGGUGUCACUCUACCUGUGUUUGAGCAUUACCAGGAAGGAGGAGACAGUUACGAGCUGACUGGUUUGGCCCGGGGAGGAGAGCAGGUUUCCAGGCUGAAGAGGAACUAUGCCAAAGCUGUUGAACUGCUGGUGGAGUUGGCAUCCUUACAGACAUCAUUUGUCACUCUGGACGAGGCCAUCAAGAUCACCAACCGUCGUGUAAAUGCCAUAGAGCACGUGAUCAUUCCCAGGAUCGAGCGCACCCUCACCUACAUCGUCACAGAGCUAGAUGAGAGAGAACGAGAGGAGUUCUACAGACUCAAGAAGAUUCAGGAGAAGAAGAAGCAGCUGAGGGAGAGGACCGAGAAGGAGAUCGCCGCCCGCCUGGCAGCCCUGGGCCCCAUCGCCGAGCCCGCUAACAUGCUGACGGAGGAGACGGACGAGGAUCUGCUGUUUGAGUGACGCGCCCUGCAGUCCUCCUCCAUCCCUUCUCCAUCUCCCGUCACCGUGCUCUGCACACCACCCUAUUUAUUCCGUGCCUCUCUGGCCACGUUGAUGUCUUCUUGUGAAAACCGAAGCAUUUGGUUUGUUUCAAUUACAUUUUUGGUGUGUACUUGUCAGUGAUUUUUUUGUUAUGGUUUCAGUGUUGGAAAUAAGUGUUCAGAUGUAUUGAUCUUCUAUGUCAGAUGUCAUGACAUUAAACUUUGCUGUUACCAGCAAACACUUCAGUUCACUCGUGUUGACCUUGUUCAUGUUGAGUCUGAGAGGAGCAAUGAUCUUUUGAGUCCUUCAGCAAAUAAUAUACAUAUAUAAAUACAUUAAAGAUGUGACCUAUACUGUGUAUUCCAUUUAAUUGACAGAGUACAUUAGAUGUUGGAACACAGCAAAUGUAGAUUUGAUCUCGUAAUUGACCUUGCAUGCUGUCAUUUUGUGCAGUCGUGGCAGGGUGGUUGUCAUUUUCCACCCUCAAGUCUGAAAGUGUUUUGUGGAGACCAGCCCCAUAAUAGUGACUAUAUAGAUGGAUUUUUGAUUUUUCUCUAGAUUAAUCUGGAAUCUGACCACCCAAUCGUGAUUAUAUUGUAGCACCCAGUGUGCAGGUCUAUUGGUCAUUGUGCUUUUGUGUUACCCCAUCCAAAUGGCACUUCAUUCAAAUAAAAUGUAUGAGAAUAUUCCUUA